AACGAUCAUUUUAUUCUGUUCAUGAUUCAUUUCUCGGGUUCACUCUGCACAACAAUCGUCAGCUUCAAUUUUUGAAAAUAAUAGGGUUAGGGUUUUCCCAAUUUUGCGAUUUCCAUGGAGAAAUUCGAUAGAAAUAGAGGUACUGAUAGGUACAGCAAUAGCAGCGAGCCACCUUAUCAAUACAAUUCAGGCGGCAGGCACUCCCGCGGCGGCGGAGCUCCAUUUCACCAGCGUCACCAGGAUGAUUAUCGAGGCGGCGGUGGCGGCGGAGGCGGAGGUGGCCGCGACAGUCCUCAUAAUUAUCCCGGCGGAUUUUCUAGUGGCGGCGGGAGGGAGAAUAGUAGGGCGUUUGACAGUCCGCCGCCCUACCCAUCUCGGCCUAGUGGCGGUGGAGGCGUGGUAGGAGGAGGAUUGAGACCAAUUGGGGAUGGAUUUGGAGUGUUUCGACCGCCGGUUGGUGCCGGAGAUGGGUUUGGGCCGAUGUGUGGCGCUGGGGGAAGAGGGUUUCGACCAAUAGGAGGGGGAGCUGAUGCUACUGGAUUUCGACCAAUAGGAGGGGGAGCUGAUUCUGCUGGAUUUCGACCAAUGGGCGGCUUUGGGGGUGAUGGUGGGAGGUUCCCGCAGAUGGGUGGUGGUGGUGGUGGUGAUGGUGGUGGAGAGUUUCCACCAAUGGGUGGAGGUGGUGGUGAUGGUGGAGGUUUUCGAAGGUCGGGUGGCAGUGAUGGUGAAGCUGGAGGCUUUCGACCAAUGGGCGGAGGCGGUGGUGAUGGUCCAGGCUUUGGUUUUGAUAACUAUGGGGGCCCCCCCACUCCUCUCUCGGGCCAAAAACGUGGUUACUCUGGUAGAGAAAGAUCUCCAGGCAGAGAAGGAGCUAAUUUUGCCAAACUCUUUGUUGGGUCUGUUCCAAGGACAACCACGGAAGACGAUAUCCGACCGCUAUUUGAAAAACAUGGGCGUGUGAUGGAAGUUGCUCUGAUCAAGGAUAAGAGGACUGGGCAGCCACAAGGAUGCUGUUUCAUUAAAUAUGCUUCUCCCGAUGAGGCAGAUAGGGCAAUUGGCUCAUUGCAUAAUCAGUACACGUUACCUGGGGGAACGGGACCUAUACAAGUCAGAUAUGCUGAUGGAGAGCGAGAACGUCUUGGUGCAACCGAAUACAAGCUGUUUGUUGGGUCCUUGAACAAACAAGCUGUUGAGAAGGAAGUUGAAGAAAUCUUUUUACCUUAUGGUAGAGUCGAGGAUGUCUAUCUUAUGCGUGAUGAAAUGAAGCAGAGUCGGGGUUGUGGAUUUGUCAAAUACUCUCAGAGAGAUAUGGCACAAGCGGCCAUCAAUGCUCUAAAUGGAAUAUAUAUUAUGAGAGGCUGUGAUCAACCGUUAACUGUUAGAUUUGCUGAUCCUAAAAGACCUAGACCUGGAGAGUCAAGAGGUGGUCCUUCUUUUGGUGGACCCGUUACUGGCCCUCGAUUUUCUGCCCCUGGGAUCAGACCUCCACUAGAUCAUCAAGAGCCAUUUCGUGGCCCCAAUCCUAAUUCUUGGCCAAGCCCGCAGAAUCUAGGACCGCAUGUUGGCAACCAAGGUUAUGCUAAUCAGUUUCAGCCUAGGCCGCCCGGGAAUAUGGCCGUUUCCUCUACUCCAGGUCCUGUAGGAGCUAUUCCUGGUAGCAUGGACGGUUCAUUUCCCGGACCAACUGUCUCGUCUGCACCUAUGUCUCAGUUUAAUUAUAACCAUUCCGCACCACAAAUUCCAUCUUAUGGCUCAAAGCUAUCUCCCGGGCAACGACCUCUUCAGUCACCACAGCCUUUGCCACAACCUGUACAGUUACCUCCAUCAAAUGCGACAUCUUUCUCCAACAUUCACAGUUUGCCGGGAUCACAGAAGCAACCUGGUCAGAUACAGACCCCAUAUAGUCAGGCCCUGUCAUCACAACCUCUGCCUGGACAGAAUGGUCAGCACUCUAUUUCCCCCCAGUUACAAGUGCAGCAUAGCGCGUCGUCUGCUCACAGACAAGCUCCCGGAAUCGGGAAUCAGCCACAGUAUCCUCAGCAACAUCAACCUUUUAAUCAGCCGCCUUCGGAGUUGGCUCAAAUGCUGUCACAACAGAAACAAACUCUACAGGCUACCUUCCAGUCUUCUCAACAAGUCCUAAAUCAGUUGCAACAACAAGUGCAGCAGCGACAACCGGCGAAUCAAAAUCUAGCAACUCAUCAGGGUCAACUAGCUGCUAAACAGCAGUCUCCUUGGCCUGGAAUGCUAUCUCAGCCCAUUGCGAACACCACUGGUACGCAACCAGCUGGAGAUUUAACUACCACUACGACUACCGUCUCAUCCGCCAUCACUGGUGGUACUCCUGCUGCUGCUACAAGCAAUUGGUCCGAGCACACGUCGCCUGAUGGAUACAAGUACUACUACAACAGCUUAACUGGUGAAAGCAAGUGGGAGAAACCCGAGGAGCUGGCGCUAAAUGAGCACCAGCAACAGAAGCCGUCUAACCCGCACCCUCAGUUGCAUUCACACCCAUCAGGACCAUCAGUGCAACAGGCUCCUCAAAUGCAAGCUCAGAUCCACAACCAAGCCAAGCCAUUUCAGCAGGCUGCUCAAUCAUCGUAUCAUGUCCCUGGAUUUUCUGCAAAACAAGGUACUAAGGAAAUUGGGUAUGCGCAAGCUCCAGCAAAUGAUCCUGCGCGAUAUCAGCAGGCGUCUCAGGAGUGGAUGUGGAAGAAUAAGCAUUCAGGAGUGUGAUCCAGAUGAACAAAUGAUGGCUACUUUGCUACCCACAUUCGGGCGAAAUACGAGGACUACCGAAGUUCCUGAACAUAAGAGAAUCGAGCGUGCCUUCCCUUUUCCUCUCCUGUUGGCAAUCGUGGCAUGCUCAUUACCCUGCCCGUCACAAACUCAUCUCUCUAUCAUCUUUCUGUCUCAAGUAACCCUACCUACUGUUGUUAUAUCAUAAAUUGCUGUUGUAGCAAUAAUGUGUUUCUCCUCAGCUGUAACAGAUUUCUGGGCUCGGUUGGGAUCGUCUCGGCAAACUAACCUGCUAGUGUACAAGUUAAUCAGCAACCUGAGCUGGUGCUGGAAAACUAGUUUUCAGCUCUCACAUAUAACAUAUUGCUUAGGCUUAGCAGCACCCUUUAUCUAUAAUCCAACUCAGACUCAAACUGAAGCUCAAAAAACUCAAACUCGUUCCUAUUUAAUGUCUCAAUUCUUGUACGUGAUCUUUAAUUUAUAUUUUAACUUUGAAUUUAGAAUGGAAUAGUUUCUAUUUUAAUAGGUUGAAUGAAUUAAUUAAAUAGAUUAUAUUA